UCCAAUCACCACCGCAUCAAGUUGCCGUGACUAACGCCCAACGGACGGAUGGGGGGAGCCUUGCAGGUCCAAACGCAGGUACCGCGUCGUCAGAGAUCCGAGAAGAUCACCGUUUGGAGGCUUUCCUAGCCGCGUGCGCCAGCUUCUAACGUUCAGUUCCGAUCCGAACAUUGCCGCGUGCGCGUAACAAUCGGCGAAGCGUGUGGCCGAAAGGGGAGCGACCUGUGACAAAAUAGAAGAUGUGAUAACUGAAAUAAAAUUAUUACGAACGAAAAUAAUUCAACUAGUGAAAAUAUAAAAAAAAUAAUUGAAGAAAGUGACAACAGGCACAGUUAUGAGUGAUACAUGAAUUAGAUGCAUGAAGUGGCACAGUUAGAUAAAAUAAACUCACUUACGAUGGAUGCGUAUCAGAAGAAUUACAAUGUGGCAGCAGCAGUAGCAAGUGUAUUCAACGUUCUAUCGCCGGUUACGAUUGUAAUAUUGGUGAUUAUCUUCAGUGCAACAUUCACCUACAAGAGGAAACGGGCACGGCUGGUUUACCACAUCAACAGGCUUCCAGGACCAUUUACGCUACCCAUCAUAGGAAAUGGAUUGCACGUCACGCUGGGUUGUAAGGAUGAUUUCCUUGAUCGAGUUGUUACGGCGCAGAAGAUGUACGGACGUCGGAUCGGAAUGAGCCGAGCCUGGAACGGGCCCAUCCCCUACGUGAUGAUAUCGAAAGCCAGUGCCGUCGAGCCCAUACUCAGCAACCCGAAGCUGGUGGAGAAAAGCGUCGAUUACGAUUUCAUGAAGCCUUGGUUGGGCAACGGUUUGCUCACAUCCCGCGCCAGCAUUUGGCACCCGCGGCGGAAGACCUUGACGCCGGCAUUCCAUUUCAAAAUCCUUUCCGAGUUUGUCAACAUUUUCCACAAGCAAGCGCUAAUCAUGAACGAAAAGCUCGCGGAGCAGCUGGAGAAUGGCGAUGGGUUCGACAUCGUACCCUUGACCACAUUGUGUGCAUUGGACAUUUUUUGCGAAACCGCUAUGGGAUGUCCAGUGAACGCGCAGAUGAACUCCGACUCAGAAUACGUCCGAGCUCACAAACAAAUUGGUAAAAUCAUCCGCAAUCGAGUGCAGAAAGUUUGGCUACGGCCGGACUUCAUCUUCAAGCAAACCGAAGACUACCAAAGGCACCAGGACUGCCUUCAGGUGUUACACAACUUCUCCGAUCGAGUGGUUCGAGAGCGAAAGGCUGAGAUUCUGGCUAAGCGACGUCACGUGGAAGAAACGAUCGACCUUAACAACAACAACGUUGCGGAGGAACCAGCUGGUUGCUGCCGCAAAAAACAAUUGGCUUUCCUGGAUCUCCUGAUUGAGGGUUCCCUGGAUGGAAACGGGCUGACAGAUUUAGACGUCCGGGAGGAGGUCGACACGUUCGUCAUAGGAGGUCACGACACGACGGCUGCCGCCAUGGCUUGGAUUCUUCUUCUGCUGGGAUCGGACCACAGCAUCCAGGAUCGAGUCAUCGAUGAAAUCGACCACAUCAUGGACGGUGACCGCGAACGCAAACCCACCAUGCAGGAACUUAACGAAAUGAAGUAUCUCGAGUGCUGCAUCAAGGAAGGGCUUCGGCUGUACCCAAGUAUUCCGUUGAUCGCUCGUCGACUGACCGAGGACGUCCAGGUGGAGGAUUACAUCAUCCCGUCGGGAACGACGACAUUGAUCGUGGUGUACCAACUGCAUCGAGACCCAACAGUGUUUCCCAAUCCGGACAAGUACAAUCCGGAAAACUUUCGACCGGAAAACUGCAUUGGCCGGCAUCCGUACGCUUAUAUUCCGUUCAGUGCCGGUCCGAGAAACUGCAUUGGCCAGAAGUUUGCAAUUCUGGAAGAGAAGAUGGUUCUGUCGACGGUGCUUCGUAAUUAUCGCAUCGAAGCCGUGGAGCGCCGGGAAGAUGUCAAACUGUUAGGUGAUCUCGUGCUGCGACCCCGCGACGGGCUCAAGAUUAAAGUAAGCAGAAGAGGGGAGACUAAGGGCAACAUAAAAUAAAAUGUUAAGACCUAAUAGCUUUAAUGACGUCCGAAGGGGUUCCCCGUCGUACAACAGAAACGAUUGUCCGGUUCAUCCUUGGCAAUGCACAAAUCAAUCAAUGUCGACUUAAAUAAUAAUAAAAAUGCGUUUUAUA